AUGGCCACCGUCGAUGGUACUCAGAGACCCCAACUGGGCAGUCUGGACACUCGCGCCGAUCUGUACGGUAGCCCCAACGUCCCUCUUCCUCCCAAAUAUUUGAUGGCUUCUACUUCUCACCAUAUUUCCAAAUUAUCCGAUAUGGUUCAACACGACCAAACUUCCUCUGACGAGUCAUCUCCGAUCAACACACCCAUGCCAAACCCGCCCAUGGUCACUAGCGAUGACUUCGCACUGGCUUUCGACAUUGAUGGUGUCCUCAUCAGGGGCGGACAGCCCAUUCCUGAAGCUGUUGAUGCUAUGAAAUAUAUCAAUGGUGAUAAUCCAUAUGGAGUCAAAGUUCCUUAUAUUUUCUUGACAAACGGUGGCGGCAAGACAGAGAAAGAGCGAUGCCUCGAUCUCAGCCGCCAACUCGGCCUCGAUGUCGACCCAGGCCAGUUUAUUUGCGGCCAUACCCCAAUGCGAGAUAUGGCAGAACGAUAUGGCACCGUCCUAGUCGUCGGUGGUGAGGGCGAGAAGUGCCGAAUCGUGGCCGAGGGAUACGGAUUUAAGGAUGUCAUCACACCAGGAGACAUCAUCAAGACGCGGCACGACACGACACCAUUCCGAACAUUAACAGACGAGGAGCUUGAAAACUCACGACUCCUCGACCUGGACAACACCCGAGUCGAAGCGAUUUUUGUUUUUGCAGACAGUCGUGACUGGGCCGGCGACCAGCAAAUCAUUCUAGACUGCCUCAUGACCAAAGACGGCUGGCUUAACACUCGAUCAACAACCUUCACGGAAGGACCCCCUGUCUUCUUUUCACACACAGACGUAGUCUGGUCUACAUCGCAUGACUACUCACGCCUCGGAAUGGGAGCGCUGCGUGCAUCCCUCGAAGCCGUGUACACCGCCAUCACAGGGAAAGAUCUGAACACUAUUGCCUUCGGCAAGCCGCAACUCGGCACCUACGCUUUCGCCACCCGGCUCCUGCAGAAGUGGCGCAAGGACUCCUGCAACAUCGACAAAUCUCCAUCGACUGUGUACUUCAUUGGCGAUACGCCUGAGUCUGAUAUCCGCGGCACGAACGAAUACAACGAGACGACAGAAAACGACUGGUACUCUAUCUUGGUGAAGACAGGUGUUUACCAAGACGGUUCUGAGCCGCGCUACCCUCCCAGAAAGAUAUGCGACACUGUCUUCGAUGCGGUAAAAUUUGCCAUCGAGCGCGAACACAAGAAAACAGCCAAGGGCGAGAACGUCUCUGAGCUCGACUAUGUUACCAGCCAAGAAGUCUCCAAAUAA